GUUAGAAAGUAGUAGUAAUUUUAAUAUGCAAGAAAUAGAUUAUGAAAUUGAUAACACAUUAUAUAAAAAGUUGGUUUUAUAUGCUAUAAUGGUUAACUAUGAUUCAGAAUCAGAUAAUGAAAAAUUAAAAUAUGAUACUUUAGCAAGAAUGAUGAUAGUACUUG